CACCAACAAACAAAACCCCAUAAAUAUCACACUCACCACAGUCACAAUCCAGACUUCAAAGUACAAUCCUAUCUAAUUUCGCUAUCCUCAAAAUCACCACCGCCACCGCCAUGCCAACCCUCACCCACCUCGCCGCCUCCGCCGCCUCUUCCCUCGCAUUUUUAAAUAACCAAAAACCCACAACAAAAUCCCUAAUUCCCCCCUCUAAUUUAAUCAAAUACUCCCUCAAUUUCAAAACCCUAAAACCCCCUAAACUCUCAAUCAAAGCUAAAUCCUCCACCUCUUCCAAUCCCUCCAUCGUCAAUGGCGCCUCUGCCCCCUCCGCGCCCGAUUCCCUAAAAUCACGCCUCCAAAACGGCGAAACUCUCUAUGGAAUAUUCCUCCUCAGCUUCUCCCCAACCAUUGCCGAGAUCGCUGGCCUCGCCGGUUAUGACUUCGCCGUCGUGGACAUGGAACACGGUCCUGGUGGCAUCACCGACGCUCUCCACUGCCUCCGUGCUCUCGCAGCGACUCGAACCCCGGCGAUCCUACGGUUGCCGGAGAGUUCUCCAACUUGGGCCAAAAAAGCCCUCGAUCUAGGCCCGCAAGGGAUUAUGUUUCCGAUGAUUGAAAGCCCUAAAAUGGCUAAGAAAGCGGUGUCGUAUUGCAGAUUUCCACCCGAGGGUAUUCGCGGAUCGGCUCAUACGGUAGUGAGGGCAUCUGAUUACGGAAUCGAUGAAGGGUAUUUGAGUAAUUACGCGGAGGAGUUAUUGAUCAUGUGUCAGGUAGAGAGCGAGGAAGGUGUGAAAAAGGCAGAGGAAAUCUCAGCCGUGGAUGGGGUUGAUUGUGUGCAAAUGGGACCGUUGGAUUUGAGUGCUAGCAUGGGGUAUUUGUGGGACCCUGGGCACAAGAAGGUUAGAGAGAUGAUGAGGGUAUCCGAGAAGGGAGUUUUGAAAGGCGGGGCCUAUUUGGGUGGUUUUGCUAUGCCACAUGAUGGACCCAUUGAUCUUAAGGCACGUGGAUAUCGUAUGGUGUCUGGAACAGUUGAUGUGGGGCUAUUUAGAAGUGCUGCUGUUGAUGAUGUGAGGAAGUUCAAAAUGAGUUUGAUUCAAGGGUCUGAUGACGAGGCGGAUGAUGGCAAAGAUGGUGAUGACAAGUACUGGAGUGAGUGAGAAAAACAAUUUUUUUUUUUUAAUUGGAAAAUAAUAAUUGAUGCUUUUAGUUGUUUUCUUCUUUCCGUAAAAUGUGUAGUGAGUUGGGUUUUUUCCCCUUAAUUUUGUUUAGAAUUUUGAUAGGAGAUGGGAUUAUCAAUUAGUCAUUGUGUUUACCAAAUCCCAACUUUAAUUGAUGUUUGAAUGUGAUGGACAAGUGGAUUUUUAAAAAUUAAUUUUGAGCCAAAGUUUUUUUGAGAA